CUAUCUGAUUUUGUAUCAAAAACUGCCGUCUCUCGAUACCCGUGAAAGGUGCAGAAAACAACCAAAGAUGAGACUGGAAAGAAGAUACUUUUCCCCUUCGUUACAGCUUGUACAUGGGCCACCUGCGAGACAAAGGAGACUAAGGUUUCCUUUAUACCUAUAUGCCCUUUGAAUACAAAAAUUAGGCCGAAGAAAGCACAUGCAAAACCUCUACAAUUGUGCCACAUGACCACAGUUAGUUUCCGUUGUGACCGUCCAACACUCACUUUGCUUGCUGUUCGGCGUUCCAACGGCCACGAUGUACCCGUAACAGACUGUGCCGUGAUGGUCUUCGAAUCCUACUGCUACGCGUGGAGACGAACAGAUUCGCAACCGUAGGGAAAGCUGCGGAGUUAAAGCAACUCUCUCGGUCGUUUCUCCCGCCCGAGAGAGAGCAAAUUGCGUUCCGCUUUCUUCUCCGUGAUAUGAGGCCGCCGCGAUCGUCUCACGCCGUCUGAUCUCACUGCUUCCCCUCGUGAUCCAGUGGUAAUGGCGGUCCUCUCACUGCUGCUUCUCCUCCUCGUCCUGGUGCCGAUCUUUACAUUCUCCUCGGCAGCGCAUUCGAACGCCUCCGCGUCGCCGCCGUCGUCAAUCGGCGUGAAUUACGGCCAGGUCGCCGAUAACCUCCCGUCGCCGCCGGAUGUCAUCCCCCUCCUCCUCUCCUUGGGAGCCGCCCGCGUCAAGCUUUACGACGCCGACCCCGCCGUCCUCCGCGCCUUCGCCGGCACCGGCGUGGAGAUCAUCAUCGGCCUUCCCGACCGGUGCGUACCGCGCCUCAUCGCCCCCUCCGCGGCCCUCGCUUGGGUGAAAACCAACCUCCAGCCCUACCUGCCCGCCACCAGGAUCGCCGCCGUCACCGUCGGCAACGAGGUGCUCUCCGGCAACGACUCUGUCCUGAUCCGAUCCCUUCUCCCGGCAAUGCAGUCCCUCCACUCCGCCCUCGUCGCCCUCGGCCUGGACCACCAGGUCACCGUCACCACCGCCCACUCCCUCGCCGUCCUCGCCGUCUCCUACCCACCCUCCGCCUCCGCGUUCCGACGCGAGCUUCUCCCGUACGUGGCCCCGCUGCUGGCCUUCCUCGCCAAGACCUGCUCGCCCUUCUUGAUCAACGCCUACCCCUACUUCGCCUACAAGGCGGACCCGAAGCGGGUCGACCUCGACUACGCGCUCUUCGAGCCCAACGCCGGGGUGGUGGACCCCGGCUCCGGGCUUCGGUACGGUAACAUGCUCCACGCGCAGGUGGACGCGGUACGGGCGGCGAUCGCGGCGGCGGGGGGAGGGAAGGCGGUGGAAGUGGUGGUCUCGGAGACUGGCUGGCCGUCGGCGGGAGACGACGACGAGGCCGGGGCAACGGCGGAGAAUGCGAGGCGGUACAACGGGAACCUCAUGCGGAUGGUGGCGGCUAGGAAGGGGACGCCGUCGUCGCCCGGGGCACCUCUCCAGGUCUACGUCUUCGCGCUCUUCAACGAGAACCUCAAGCCCGGGCCAUCGUCCGAGCGGCACUACGGUCUCUUCAAGCCCGACGGCACGCCCGCCUACGAUUUCCUGGCGGCGAACUCAUCUGCCACCGUCUCCUCCUCCUCCGGUGGCAACACGGCGGAGUCGCCGUCGCCUGCGACGGACACGUCCUCCACCGGUUACUACACCAUCUCAUCCGCAACGGGGAUGAAGCCGUUACUUUGGCAUCCGACGGUGGUGGUGAACGCGGUGAUGGUUGCGGCUACAUUUCAAUAUUAUGGAGUAUUAGGAUAUUUAGAUUGAUUCUUAGUAGAAUUAAGAUUGAUUUAGAGAAGAAAUAUGAUAGGAAUAUUUUUUUGGCCUUCGAUGUUGGAUGAAUUUUGUACAUGUAAGAGAAUUGCGGGAGCGACGUGCAGAUUAAAGGCAAAAGAAGGAAGAAGAAAGAAGCUUUGGAAGCUCGUCGGAUUCCACAUGUACUAAAUGCGUUUGGUCUGGCAGUGUAGUGAGGGUUGCCGAUUUGCUUUUGGUUGAUCUGAAUUUUGACUGAAUUGUUCAGAUGGAAUUGAAUUUUGACUGAAAUGUUUAGAAAGGAGGUGGAUGUGUUCUCUCUCCGCAAUCUUAUGGUUCAGAUGGACAGCCACUUUCAUUUAGUUUCGGGUUUUAUAUGCUUGUUGGGAUGGACGGUUAGA